GCGGGGCAGGCGUUCAAACGGCGGCGGCUGCCGGCGGGCGGCCAUGGAGGCUCCGGGCCCCGCCGCCGCUCGGGCGCUCCGCGGGAAGUCCUUUUACCUGGACCUGCCGAGCGGGCGGAACGCGCGGGAGCUGGCGGCGGCCAUCGGGCGGCUCGGAGGGGUGACUGAAAGCUUCCUCAGCAAAGAAAUCAGCUGUGUGGUGUCCAGCAGCAAAGAAGCCAAACGAGACAAAGGCAGGACCUGGCCUGAGAAGCAGAGCAAUGGAACUUCAGAAGGUGCAAAACCCCCAAGCCUGAUGCCUCCUGCCCCCAAAGGGCACCACACCAGACCUCAGCAGAAGCCACCAGACACUGCCCUGAUCAGCAGGGGCAAGGAGCUGCUGCAGAAGGCCAUGAAGAAGCAGGACACCUGCAGUGGCAGCAGCAUCCUGGCCAGAGCUCGCCUGUGGGGAGUGCAGGUCGUGCACGUGGAUGACAUGCUGGCCCACACCCAGCAGCUGCUGCGCGCCGCCGCCGGAGCGAGGAAGCUGUGCCAGAAGGCAGAGGCCAAGUGCCCUGCGUCCGGGUGGAACCUGCACAAAGCAGGAAAACUGAAGCCUCCUUUUCUGAAGGUUGAAGACCAAAGCAGGCAGUUCCGACCCUUCUACCACCAGUUCAAAAGCUUCCCCAGCCUGAACUUCCUGGCCCCCCAAGGCUGCAGCCCCUUUGAGCCCCCAAAGAGCCUCCCAAACCCUUGCAGGCCCAGGGGCCCCGAGGGCUGCCCUGUGCGCAGCGAAGGGGAGAAGAGUGCCCAGUCCACAGCAGUCACCGUGCCCAGGAGGAGGAGAGGAUUCUGUGAGUGCUGCCAAGAGACCUUCGAGGAGCUGCAGGAGCACCUGCGCGGCGCUGGGCACAGGCGGUUCGCGCUGGACGCCUCGCACUACACUGCCCUGGAUGCCAUCAUUGCCCAGCUCACCACCAGCUGCCUGCAGCACUCAGCCAGGGUGCCUCGGUCCUGCCUGGCAGACGAACACCUGGGGCCCGCAGCACGAGUUCUGGGAGGAUCUGAGCUGCUGACAGCAGAGCUGAGCAAGGAGAGGGAGCAGCCAGAGCAGGCUGCUGGGGGACUGCUGCCUGGCCUGGAGUGUGACCGUGGCCUGCAGGCCAGGAGCUGCUCGCCCUGCCCUGCCCCUGCAGAGGGCUGCAGCCUCCUGCAGCGCCGCCCUGGGGCGCUGCCUGCCGCAGCAGGGCUCAGCAGCAGGAGCUGUGCUGCGCCUGGCACCGCGGAGGAGCCUGCAGCCAGGGACUCGGCUCCAGGGCUGGCUCCUGACCCGGGCUGGGGCUGUGGCGUGGUGGCUGCGGCCGUGGGAGACAUAACUGCCAUGGCUGAGUGGCCAGGGGGUGCCAGGCACCUGCCAGGGGCACUGCCCGCCCCCAGGAAGCGCCAGCUGUGCUGCAGGCACAGCAGCCAGGGGGGGAAGAAGCCCAGGCUGGAGCUGGGUGCUGGCCUGUCUCCCUGUGAGCUGGCGGCUGCUGGGGUGGGUGCCCUGGGUGCAGGACUGGCAUCCGAGCCAGCCUUGACCCUCGGCACAGAGCACAGACCUCAGAGCUCCCUUGGCUUGGACCUGUGCCUGCCUUGGCACCCUGGGGGCCCUACACCCUGGGCAGGUUCCUUCGGAGCUGUGUCCGUGGGGCUCCAUCCCUCGGAGGCUGCAGCCAGCAGCAGCUGUGGCUGGGGCAAGCCAAGUGCCAGCUGCCGAGGGGGGCAGCUCCCGGGGCACGCUGAGAAGGUCCCCAGCAGGCUGCAGGGUCCUGACCUGGAGAGCAGCAUGAGCCAGAGCAGCUGUGCCCCUGGCCAGCUGCCCUCCCCAAAGCUGCCUGUGGCUGCAGCCAGCUGUUGCUGCUCCCUCUGUGUCCGAGCAGCAGAGAGGGCAGCACUGCAGCUACCUGCCCUGCCGGGCCUCAGCGAGGAGCGGGCACCGUGCCCUGGGCUGCCCCUGCACACUCAGGCUGGGCACGACCUCGGCAGCAGCUCUUCCGAGUCAGACUGGGAUGUCCAACUGCUCUCCGUGCUGCCAGGGGCCCAGCACAGCAGGCUGCAGGCUGUGGACAGGGACUUGCUGCAGAGGACACACAGCACCGUGAGGGACAGCGGCUACGAGUCACAGCUCUGCUCCGUCCUGAAGCAGAAGUCAGAGCUUGCCUGGGCAGACAGAGGGGACAAGAGCUGCUGGAGCUGCUGCACAGAGGCUGUAGGGACCUCUUACCCCCGGCUGGAGAGCUUCUUUUGGCAGCUGGAUUAGCUGAAGCCACCUCCUGGCGCUGGGUGGGAGCUGGGAAGAGGUUAGGAAGGGAUUUCAGAAGCUCCCUCCCUGGGAGCUGGAGUGAGGAGCAUGACUGCAGCCUGGGCUCCAGGUGGCACAGGGCACCUGGGCAGCUCUCUUGGCAGCUGCUGGGGGCUGGGAUGGUUUAGCUGGGAUGGUUUGGGAUCUCCUCUCUGAUAGUGACGUUUAGAGCUUCCUGCUUCCUCCUUCGGCUCCUCACUGCUGCUGACCGGGGGGCUCUGGAAAAAUCUGUUCCUUGCCCUGCCCGAGUGGGAGCAGGACCUGCUCCUCCUCCCACCCGCUCCUCAGAGGGGUGGAGAUGGAGAGGAGGGCCCUGGGCUGGUUUGGUUGCAGCCGUUUGUACCUGGGACUGAGCUGGAGGAUUUUAGCAGACUUUUAAACUUGGAAAUAAAAUGGAAGUUGAGCUCCUGA